AUGGGGAAAGACAAACGCAACGAGUUCCUUGACGCCUCGGAUAGCGAAGACGACCAAUCCCAAGGCUACAACUCCGAAGAUGACCUACGAAAAGGAGGCCGCAGCACCAAGCGCCGGAGAAUCGACCACUCAGAUGACGAUGAGGCCAGCGACCUCGACGGCGGCGUUGCAAUUGACGAUCAACCUACAACAAAGGACGAUGAUGAAGACGACGAGACUACAAAGCUGCCCUCAGAUCAAAAGACGAAGAAGAGGAAAGCCUCGGAACUCGAAUCAGAAGUGCCCGACAUCCAUCGAACACUCACCAAGAAAAACCUUGUGUCCACAGAGGCGGCGGUCAAGAAGUCCGGGGUGAUCUACAUGUCGAGAAUCCCCCCAUUCAUGAAACCCGCAAAGCUACGAUCCCUCCUCGAGCCGUACGGGAAGAUCAACCGCAUCUUCCUCGCCCCCGAGGAUCCCACGGCGCACGCCCGCCGCGUCCGCGCCGGCGGCAACAAGAAGCGCACCUACACCGAGGGCUGGAUCGAGUUCGUGAAGAAGAAGGACGCAAAGGCCGUGUGCGACCUCCUCAACGCGCAGACCAUCGGCGGGAAGAAGUCGUCGUACUACCACGACGACCUGUGGAACCUCAAGUACCUGACCGGGUUCAAGUGGCACAACCUGACGGAGCAGAUCUCCGCCGAGAACGCGGAGAGGGCCAGCCGCAUGAGGGCCGAGAUCAGCAAGACGACCAAGGAGAACAAGGAGUUCGUCAGGAACGUGGAGAAGGCCAAGAUGCUGGACGGCAUGCAGACCAAGGCGAAGAAGACGAAGCCGGCGCAGGCUGCCAUCGCCGAGGAGGAGGCCCAGGCCAGGGGGAGGACGUUCAAGCAGAUACCCCUCGCCAACAAGGGCAAGGAGAGCGAGAGCCAACCGGAGCAUGUCACAAGGGUUCUGAGCAAAAUCUUUUAG